AAGCGCAGCGGUGUCCUCUCCUCUUCUCUUGUCACCGACACACAGACACUUAAAGCAGGCUGACAUCCAGAGCGUUUUGACCCUCUUUACGCUUAGGAUAACCAUGUGGCAAAUUAAAUCUACAACUUUUAUUGAUUGAGAGUUUGUUCAAGUUGAUAAUCCGAAUAGAUGUCGCAUCAUUUGUGCGUAAAAAGAUAAAUGUUCACUCUCCUGACAUCGGGUGUGACUUGAUGUGAAUGUUCACCAGGUGGACCAAUACCUCUGUAUAGAGCAAGAAUGAAUACACGUUCAGUACUGAGACUAACAAGAAAGCCCUUCAUCUCUUCCCUCCUGUCACUGCUGACUCUGUGUGUCCUGAUACUGGUCAGUGUGAGGUUCAGCUACAUCCCUGAGUCCUUACCUCCCCCGGCGGCUUUGGAUGACAUCCAGACAUUCCACAGAUACAAUAUUAACUGUAAGGCCAUAUACGACAUGGACCCAGUGGAGAUGGGGAAGUCGAUGAUCAUCAGAGAGAAACAAGUUGUGGUAGACAAUGAUGAAAGUCUCCUUAACCUUACCUCAAACUGCCCUUUGUUCAUCAAGUCCAGAGGUUAUGAUGACGUGUGUGUCUCAGAGGAGGAGAAAGAUUAUCCUCUUGCUUACUCGCUGGUUGUGCACAAAUCUGCAUGGAUGAUAGAGAGACUCAUCCGAACGCUGUACUCGCCCGGUAACAUCUACUGCAUCCACUAUGAUCAGAAGUCCUCGGCUCAGUUCAUCUCAGCUGUGGAGGGUCUGGCCCGCUGUUUGCCCAAUGUCUUCAUCGCGUCCAAGCGAGAAUCUGUCUUUUAUGCGAGCUUCAGUCGAUUAAAAGCUGAUCUCAACUGUCUCUCUGACCUUUUGGGGUCAGAAGUCAAGUGGAAGUACGUCGUCAACCUCUGUGGCCAAGAUUUCCCCCUCAGGUCCAACAUCGAGCUGGUGUCAGAAUUUAAGAAGUUAGAAGGAGCCAACAUGCUGGAGACAUGCCGACCCACUGACUAUAAGAGGCAGAGGUUCACCUUUCACCACGAGGUGAGGGAUGCCAACUAUGAAUAUGUGAAACUGCCGGUGAAAACAGAGCAGAGAAAGAGCCCACCGCCGCACAGCAUCGAGGUCUUCACUGGGAGCGCCUACUUUGUCUUGUCCCGGGACUUCAUUGUGCACAUGAACUCCUCGGAUGUGGUGAAAGAUUUCUUGGCCUGGUCAGAGGACACCUACUCUCCAGACGAACACUUCUGGGCUACCCUUGUGCGACUGCCAGGUGUACCUGGAGAGUUGCCCAGAUCGCAUCCCGAUGUCACCGACCUGAUGAGUCAGACCCGGCUGGUGAAGUGGCACUACCUGGAGAAGAACCUCUACCCACCCUGCUCAGGGAAACACGUCCGCAGCGUCUGCAUUUACGGUGCUGCGGAAAUGCGGUGGUUGCUCAAAUACGGCCACUGGUUCGCCAAUAAGUUCGACCCCAACGUGGACCCCAUUCUUAUCCAGUGCCUUGAGGAAAAGCUAGAGGAAAAACAAAAGAUGUUCCAAACACUGGCAUCUGAUGACUGUUUUAAGGGUUAACCUGGAGCUGUAGCACAGUAUGGAAACACAA